UCAAAUACAAGUCUCUCACUCUCUCUAUUUGCUUUCUCCAGCUUCACAUAAUACCCUUCUUCAUUUUUCUGCCCAACUCAGUCCCUUGCUCUACAGAAUCACUCUACUUCCAUGUGCAUAGCUUCUUGCUCUAAACAACAAUCUGGGUCUUCGAAAUCUCGUUGGCUUCUUCAACUCUUGCAGCAACGUUUGAAGCUUUUGCUUUUCAAAAAUCUGAGAUACCCGGUGUGAUGAAGAUGUGCUGAUAUUGUAACUGCAUCCUGCUGUUUCAGACAAGUACCCAGAUAAGCUCUGUGAUAUAUUUUGCGGCAAAGUCCCUGUUGAUAUAUAGAAUUGCAGAAAUGGAUACUGCUAGUAAGAGCUGGGAGCAAAAGUCAUUAGUUGGGGAGAUCAUUCAAGGGAUGGAGCUAGCACAACAGUUGAGGCUAAGUCUGAGCGCAACAUCAACUUCAUCAGAAACUAGGGAGUUUUUAGUGCAAAGGAUAUUGACCUCGUACGAGAAGGCCCUUUUGCUACUGCAAUUGAGUGGCACGCCUCAAACACCUCAUGUGGAUGCAAAAUCCAUUGUGCCUCAGGAGUCUCGAAUGUCUGCCAACACAAGCCCUUGUGGUGAUGACUAUAACCACAGGAGUUUCAACGAUCAUCAGGACCUGCACGAAAUCUCCAAAAAGAGAAAGAUCAUGGCCAAAUGGACUGACCAUGUCAUAAGGGUUAGCUCUGAGAAUGGGAUUGAAGGACCUCAUGAAGAUGGCCAUAGCUGGAGAAAAUAUGGGCAGAAAGAUAUUCUAGGAGCCAAAUAUCCUAGAAGCUAUUAUAGAUGCACCUUCAGGAACACACAAAACUGCUGGGCCACAAAGCAAGUGCAGAGAUCAGAUGAAGACCCUACCAUAUUUGAAAUCACAUACAAAGGAAAGCAUACCUGCUCUCAUGGCAGCACAUCAGUUCCACCACCACCAUCACCAGAACAGAAAGAACAAAAAAGACAUAAGCGCGAGAACAUUUCUGAACCACAGCAGUCUCAAGUGAACCAAAUGAGCUUUCCAACUAAUCUGAGGGUUGAUACUGAGAAUUUGGAAGACAGAGAGAUGAUGGCAUCUCCAUUCGCUUUUACUUCAACUUCAUUUGGAUGCAUGAUGAGUGGAGAUGACUUCCUAUCUCCGAUGUUUGAUAAUGAGAAUUUCUUUAGCGAUUUCUCUCAACAUUUGCUAUCUCCAGCCGCAGGUGAAUCAAAUUACCACUUGGCACCACCAAGCCAAAUGAGAAACAUUGCAGUUAAUGGGCAACUUUCAGAAUCUGAUCACACUGAGAUAAUCUCAGCCACCAAUUCCUCAACCAAUUCUCCAAUUCCAGACAUGGAUUUCCCACUGGAUCUAGUGGAAUUCGACCCCAAUUUCCAAUUUGAUGCUCCAGAAUUUUUCUGAUAAUUCUACUUGGGUUUGAGGAUAAUAAUAAGUAGCAUUGUGGUUGCUGCUAGAUUGUUAGACGUCUUGGAUCAACAAUGUAAUAUAUGAGGAAGAAGACUUGUAAAAGAUAAGAGUUUUUUUCUGAUGUUGGCCAAGGGAUAGAAUUGAUUAUUAUAACAAGUUUUCCUAGUAUUUUUCUCUUUUA